AUGACCCUUGGGACAGUGUCGGAUUCAUUCAAGGACCCAGCCUGGUUGUAUGGAAUCGUGACCUUUUGGGUCCGACAGGCCGUUUUGCAGGAAUCAAAGGGUGGCGAGGGUAGGGGUUGCCGGCAAAAUCGGGGUCCUUCGGAUUACACAGACUGGGAGCUUGCGUGCUCAUUUUACGACCUUUGUACCUAUUUUAAUAGGUGCCUACGUAUGGGUACCUCGUACUGUACAGGUACGGGGCAGGGCAACUUCGCCGCUCACGGUCCCGAACUCGACGAGAUCUUGACCGCGACUUUGCGAUAUACGAUGCCUACUCGUCAAAUAAAAGCGACCUCCGCAACGCCCGUCUACUCACGAGAGUUUUAG